AUGAACCUUGCCAUGAUACGGCUAGGACUAACUGUCAUUCAGAUAGCGACUGUACGACAUCAUGACCAAAGAGACAAAGAAGAGGAGUCGAGAGAUAGUAACUUAGAAUGCUUCAGGAAACUCGAGAGGGCAUAUACAGAUAAGGGAUACGUCAACAAUCUCUCAGGUCAAGCAUCACUUGCGCAAGGAAGUGUUUACAAAUACCGUUCUCCCUCAUAUCAUAGUCCGCAAACGAUUGAUAUAUCGUCAUUUCUCCCUGUCUCCUCGACCCAAUUACAGAGGCGGAACAGUAACCCAUCCAUGCACCCCGUCGACAAACGACCAGGUACUGGCUUUAAGACAGUUUAG